AUGGGUCGUCAUCGCCGUCAGAAACGUGAUAGCGAUAGCGUUGAGAAAAUAAUGAUGAAAGGUGACGACAUAGCGAAGAGAAUCAGAUCAUUCUCCAAAGGGAAUCCUGAGCGAUUUGAACAGCUGGUCAAAGAAUCCACAAGUCAGGUAGCCGGUCAGCAACAGACCAAGUGCCAAACCAAAAACAAGACCAAAUCAAAGUCGAAAUCGCUGCGCACACCGAAGCAGCCCGAAUUUGAACUCCAAAAGGGCAUGUCUGACUACGAUGGAAAUGUUUACGCAGAGGCCCCUGGAUUUGCCUUCUUGAAAUCUCAGUACAAGUUUUUUGUGACAGGAGAUCUCCCCUUUGAAAUUCCUACGAUUCCUCCGAAGCCGAUGAAAUCUAAUGCGACAGUAGAUCUGGUCUCAACUCAAAUUGUGGGAGUCGUCGAGGGAAACUGCGCGCCAAUGCUCGACGAUAACACGAAGCAGAUGGCUGCUGGGCAAUUCGUUCGCAUACGUGCUAAGAAAACCUUAGAUGUGUUCCAAUUCGACUAUGUGUUGGCUAGUACCGGGGAAAUAGUCAACCGUGCCUUCGUCAGUUUGGCAGGCUGCACUGAGGAGGAUCUGGCCGCCUUAGCCAAAAAAAUGUAUGAGAAUUAUAUCAUCGAUAGGGACAAUCGUCAGCACGACUAUGAUCGUCGGUACUGUAUCUGGAUGAAGGGCCUCCGUGACUGGGAAUGGUCCAUGUUUCUUCUUGCCCAGAGGUUCGCCGGAUCGGUCACUUGGUCGCCGGGGGCGAUAAAAUCGCAGAUUCUCGCUGCUGUAAGCAAGGAUGAGGUUUUAUUUCCGUGGAACAAUGAGAGCGAUCCCCACCCAGAGGUCUUCUACGCAGCAACUGUAGACAAUGCACAUCUCUGGGUCCAUCACAAGAGAUACGAGAACGUGGAUUGA